AUUUAUAAAAUACAUUGUAUUUUAACCGUUAAAAUAAUUAUCCGCUAAUUUUGUUGUUGUUGUUGUUGUUGUUGACCGCUUGUGUGUGCGUUUCGCCGCCGAUUGAAAAUAGCGGUCAAACAACAAGACUAUAAUAAAGAGGACACACCAUUUGCGUGACGAUAACGACAGACAAAAUCAUCGGUUGAUUAACCAGAAAUGGCCGAUCAGUUCUUCGAUAGAGAAGCCGAAGUGUCCGAUGGAAGCGAAGACGAAGAAGUAAGAAAAGAGACGUCAAAGUCGUCAAAAAGGAGAUCGAAAUUUGAAGACUCAGAAGAAGAAGAGGAAGAAGAUGAGGAUCAACUACGAGAGGUUAUGCACGAUCUGAUCAACGAUGAAGAAGAAGAACCGGCCGAAGAUUCAGAUGAAGAACAGGUUACCGGACGGAAGAGACAACGAGAGGACGAUCUCGAAGAAAAUCUUGACGACGAAGACUAUGAUUUGAUUGAAGAAAACUUAGGCCGACGUAUUGAACGCAAGAAAAAGUUCAGACGUAUUCGUCGUCUUGAAGACGACGACGAAGAUGAAGACAAAAACGAUGGACAGGACGAUAGAGAAGCCAUAGCUAAUGAAUUGUUUAACGACGAUGAAGAUACUGGUCAACAGCCGUCAAAUGUUAGACGCGACCGAAGCGAUCGCGAAGCAAUUGAUGACCGUUUCGCUGAAUUAUCAGAUUCGGGCCGUUCAGACGAUUCCGAUGAAGACAACUUUAUUGUCGACGAUGACGACCGACCGAUACAGCCGCGCGUUCGCAAACCUAAGUCGCAACGAUUUACCGACGAAGCCCUACAACAGGCACAGGAUAUCUUCGGAGUUGACUUUGAUUUCGAUGAAAUUCAAAACUUUGAUGAAACUGGCGCUGACUAUGACGAUGAAGAGGAAGAUGACGACUACGAAGAAGGCGGCGAUCAAUUGGAUGACACGCAACGAUCCGAACGGUCGAAACGUAAGAGUAAGAGAAGGUCUGCCCGGAAAAGUAUAUUUGAAAUCUACGAGCCGUCGGAAUUGGAAAGAAGUCAUUUGACCAGAUUUGACAACGAUAUCCGUAACGCCGAUAUACCCGAACGAUUCCAAUUGCGUUCGGUACCGGUCACUCCGUGCGACGAACAAGAGUUGACCGACGAAGCCGAUUGGGUUUACGAUAAUGUAUUCCAACAGAACACCAUUUCGGUUCAGGACGAAUCAGGUGAGGGUAAACACGAACCGAUUGGUGGCCGCAAAUCCAGUCACGCCGUACCCAAGAUUCGCGAAGCGCUUCGGUUCAUACGAAACGAGUUACUCGAAGUACCAUUCAUUAUACACUAUCGCAAAGAAUAUGUCGAACCCGAGCUAACCGUCAGCGACUUGUGGCUGAUCUAUAAGUUUGACGAGAAAUGGUGUCAACUGCAGACACGUAAAUCCAAUUUAUCGCAAUUGUAUCGCAAUAUGCAAGCCUAUCAAACGGAACAGAUAAUGAAAGAUCCGGACGCACCGCUUCCAGAAGGCAUGAGACUUAUCAACGAUGUCGACAUCGAGCGUCUUAUAUCAGUGAAAACAUUUGAAGAGUUACGGGACUGUUGGCUUCAUUUUCAAUUGUAUUAUUCGUCAGACGUACCCAAUAUGAAGAAAGAAAUUUUACGAAAAGAACGCCAAAGAAAACUGAAUGAAACACAAACUGAUGGCGAAGAUGGCGGCGGAAAUAAUACAGUGGUAGAAGACGAUGAACUGUUGAUGAACUCGAAGAUGUCGUCGAUGAAGUUGGCCCAACGCAAAGAUACGUAUACCAUAUGCAAAGAGGCAAAUAUUAUCGGAUUGGUCGCCAAAUUUGGUCUGACACCCGAACAGUUUGGCGAAAAUCUACGGGACAACUAUCAGCGUCACGAAGUUGAACAAUAUCCAGUUGAUCCGCACGAAGCGGCACACGAUUAUAUAUGUCAUCGGUUUCCCACAUCCGACAAAGUACUACAAGCGGCCACUUUUAUGGUCGCCAAACAAAUCAGUAGCGAUCCUAUAGUCCGCAAAAAUAUGCGAUCGACUUAUUUCGAAAGGGCUCACCUGCACGCCCGGCCAACCCGUAAAGGUAUCAAAGAAAUCGAUGAAAAUCAUCCGUGUUAUCAGUUUAAGUAUCUGUUGAACAAACCGAUUAUCGAUUUUGGUGGUGACCAAUUUCUUCAGAUUAUGAUCGCCAAAACCGAUGGCUUAAUUGAAUUUGAAAUCACAAUCGAUAAGCUGGACAUGAAUGCCAUGACUGGUCAACAACAACAGCCGGCAACUAAACACAAAUAUUACGAUGAAAUUAAACAACUUUACCAUAGAGAUGAGUUCAGUAUAAAUGUUCAGCAAUGGAACCAUCAAAGAGCUACAGCUUUGGAGAUAGCUUUGGAUAAGUUUUUGUAUCCAAGUUUUGAGAAAGAAUUGAAAACCAAACUAAUGAUUGAAGCACAAGAAGCCAUUAUCAAUCAAUGUGUCCAUCGGCUGUCAUCCUGGAUAAGAGUGGCUCCGUAUCAGUUGAGUCCCGAAGCGCAGAUCGAAGAGGACGAAGAAUUUGACACCAGAGACGGCAUUCGGGUAAUGGGUUUGGCAUUUGUAGCCAACAAUGAAAACGCAUCGUUCGCUGCCGUUGUCGACGGUGACGGCGAGGUUACCGAUUACGUCAAGUUGGAGUACUUUAUGCUCCGGAAGGCUGAAUGGGUUAGCGAUAAUGAAAAGGCUUUGCGUGAGAAAGAUGUCGAUAAACUCAAGAAAUUCAUAUUGAAUAAGAAGCCGCACGUAAUCGGUGUCGGAUGCGAUACCAUUAUCACACGUUAUGUUAUCGACGAUAUCAAAGCAAUCGUUGCCGAACUUAACGAAAGCGAUCAGUUUCCGCAAAUAGCUGUCGAAUAUGUGGACAACGAGUUAUCAACAGUCUAUAUGAACAGUAAGAAAGCGUUAAUCGACUUUCAUAACUAUCCGCCACAUCUACGUCAAGCCAUAUCAUUGGCCCGUCGACUACAGGAUCCACUUAUCGAAUAUUCACAGUUAUGUACAGCCGAUGAAGAGAUUCUAUGCAUCAAAUAUCAUCCAUUACAAGAACAUUUACCACGCGAUGAACUACUCAACAGUCUCUAUCUGGAGUUUGUCAAUCAGGUGAACGAAUUGGGCGUCGAUAUUAACCGAUCGAUAGUACACCCGCACACCAGUCAAUUGGUCCAGUUUAUCGGCGGACUAGGACCGCGAAAGGGUGCCUAUUUGAUUCGUACACUAAAGAAACAGCAGACACCGCUAUUGGAAAAUCGUACCCAAUUGGUCCAGAAUUGCAAUAUCGGUAAAGUAGUGUUCAUCAAUUGUGCCGGAUUUAUCAAAAUAGACACGGCCUCGCUGUCCGAUUCGGGUACCGAUACCUACAUUGAAGUACUUGACAGUACUCGAGUGCAUCCCGAAGCCUACGAAUGGGCCCGUAAAAUGGCUGUCGACGCACUCGAAUACGACGAAGACAACGAUACUAAUCCGGCACAAGCUUUGGAAGAGAUUAUUGAAAAUCCGGAAAAACUCAAAGAUCUCGAUUUGGACGCCUUUGCCGAAGAACUAAAUCGUCAGGGAAUGGGUCUCAAAACGAUUACACUCUAUGAUAUUCGUUCGGAAUUAAGUAACCGAUAUAAAGACCAUAGAAUUCCUUAUCGACCACCAAAUGCCGAAGAGAUCUUCAAAAUGCUAACCGGAGAAACACACGACUCGUUCUAUACGGGAAAGUUGGUAAUGGGUCGAGUGUUGCGUGUGGCCCGUAGAAAGCCUAAGAGCGAUCAGUUAGAUCAGGCCAAUCCCGUACGUAACGAUGAAACUGGUCUCUGGAUGUGUCCGUUUUGUAGCAAAAGCGACUUUCCCGAACUCAGCGACGUCUGGAAUCAUUUCGAUGCCGGCAAUUGUCUGGGUCAGGCAGUCGGCAUAAUGGUCCGACUAGACAACGGUUUGAUGGGUUUGGUUACCACCAAACUGAUUAGCGACAAAGAAGUAACUGAUCCGCUCAGUCGGGUUACCAUCGGUAUGACAAUUCAUUGUCGAAUUGUUAAGAUUCAAGUCGAAAAAUUUAGUGUCGACCUUACAUGUCGUACAUCGGAUCUGACCGAUAGUAACUUUCAGUGGCGACCGCCCAGAGAUAAAGAUUUCUAUUACGAAGCCGAAGACAAAGAUGUUCGUCAAGAGGAACAACAUAAGAAACGUCAGGGAAGACAAUCGUAUGUCAAACGUAUUAUAGUUCAUCCGGCCUUCCAUAACAUCGACUUCAGACAAGCGGAAAAGCUAUUGUCGACAAUGGAUCAGGGUGAGGCCAUCAUUAGGCCGUCCAGCAAAGCCAACGAUCACCUAACACUUACCUGGAAAGUACACAACGGUGUCCAUCAUCACAUCGACAUCCGCGAAGAAGGCAAAGACAACGCCUUCAGCUUAGGUCACGAACUAUACAUUAACAACGAAUCCUACGAAGAUUUGGACGAAAUAUUAGCCCGUUAUGUACAGCCAAUGGCCUCAUACGCCAGAGAUAUAAUUAAUUAUAAGUAUUUCAAAGACGGAGACAUCAAACGUGAAGACAUGGAUCGCAUUCUUAAGGAAGAGAAGAAGAAGGCUCCGUCAAGAAUACCAUACUUUGUGUCCGUUUCUAAAGAAUUUCCCGGAAAAUUUCUACUCUCAUACCAACCAAAUCUCAAGUCUUUUCACGAAUUCAUUAGCGUAACUCCCGAUGGUUUUCGCUAUCGAAACACAACAUUUCGAUCGGUACCCUCACUGUUCAAAUGGUUCAAAAUCCAUUUCAACGACAGGUCAACAUUUCCUCAGCGAACGCCAGUGGCCACACCAGUCAUGAGGACACCAGCCGGCCAGUCGUCGCACGGCUCGAUUGCCACACCGAACAUUGAUCCUCAAGCUAUUCAACGAGCAGCGGCCUCGAUGUCCAAUCAAGUAUUCAAUGCACUGUCGCAAGUGGCCGGCCAGACACCGUCGUUUGGAGGCGCGGCAGCAGCUUUUGGUGGUGGUCCACCACCUGGUCAUUCAAUGGGCACACCAUUUGGCCAGGGAGGCGGCGGAGGACGUAACUAUUAUGGUCAAGGCACAUCAAUGCAAAACAUGAUGACGCCGACAAUGUCGACACCACGCAAUUAUCAGCCGACAACACCGGGCUCUAUGCCUCCGCCACAGCACAUACCGACGUCGUCACACCAGCGACCCGGUUCGCGUUCCGGUUCCCAAUGGGCCAAUUUGGCAGCCGAUAGGGGUCGCAGUGGUGGCCAACAACAGCAACAACGAACACCGCAUUACGCCACACCGGGAGCAUCGUCUCAAAUGUCAAUCAGUCCCAACACUAAUACUCCUAACACUGCCCGAGGAGGUGGAGACCAAACCCCGUUAGUCGACGAAUGGAAUUAAUUAAUUAAACGUUAAAAUUACUGAAGUCUUAUCCAACAAAAAAAACAAAUCAACAAUUAAUUAAAUAUUUUUUAAUUAAAUAAUACACUUUAU